CUAAUAGUAUGAUAAGAUUGUCUGUUCGGAGCAUUGCAGGAAGAAACAGCCUUUUGACGAGAUGGUAAUCUGCAAGAUUUCAAUUGUACACCUAAUUUUUGGGUCGCUUUUAGGUGUAAGUGCAGUGGUUCCUUGUGCAAAUAAUUCAAUGAGUACCGGAGAAAAAUUGCAAUACAAUUUGCUCUGUGGUUACAACAAAGAUAUACGACCAGUAAAAAACAGCAGUUCUUCGAUUGUCGUAGAUGUUUACCUGGCUUUCAGAGAUCUAUAUGUGGUCACAGACGAUGUGAUGUCAAUUCACGCAUGGUUAACCGUAUUUUACGAGAACGAAUUUUUGACAUGGGAUCCCAAGAAGUACAAUGGACAAACUAAGAUCUCAAUUCCAGCAAAUUUAAUUUGGACUCCAAAGAUUGUACUAUUAAACAGUUUCAGUAAAUUUACUGAUUCGCAUCUAGCCAGUAGAUACACUACUGCCACGGUCACAAAUAGAGGUGAAGUGUCUGUAUUCUUAGAUACCCAACUUACCGUCCAUUGUGCCAUGAAUUUACUCCGGUGGCCUCACGACAGUCACGUUUGUCACUUGGCAUUUUUUUCGGAAUACGCCACAGGAAAUCAAACUUUAUUGAGAUUGCAUAAAAACUCGAGCGUCGAUAUGAGGCACUUCAAUAAAAAUAAGGCCUGGGAUUUGGGACAAGUCACUUUUGAAGUUAAAGCAUUAGCCAAAGAUCCUAGUGGUGAUAGUACUGCACAAUUUCUCCUUUGUACGUUUCGAAUGACUAGACACUCCAGCAUCCUAGCCUCAACGACUACAGUUCCUAUAGCAGUUGCCGUCAUCUUAAUAUUUGUUUCUUUUUGGCUUAAACCUAUGGACGGGUUUCGAUACGUCCUUCUUUUGACAUCCUUCAUUGUUCAUGUUCUAUAUUUGCAAAUACUGGGAAAAUCCUUGCCUGCCAAUGGAGGCUCUGAUGUACACAUUAUCUCGUAUUUGCGCAACUCUGUCGCAAUGUGUGGUUUGGCUAUGCUUCUCUUAACUAUAUCAAGAACAAUGAUGCAAUUAAAAGACACACCGCCAUGGCUUAUGAGAACAUACAAUAUGGUCAAGAGUAAAAACAGCAUGCAUUUCUUGCUACUGCCGCAGGAGAACGAGGCUGAGAAUGACGAGAGUGGAUUGAUUACUGCAACGAAUAGAAAGCCGAAUCAAGACUGGGUCCUGUUGACUACCUUAUUUGACAGAAUAUGCUUUAUUUUAUAUUUUCUUUUUUACUUUAUAUCAGUUAUGAUCAUAAUUUUUUAAAGACAAGAUAAAAUUUAAACUGUUUCACAAAACCUGAUGGAGCUAAUUUAACAUAAAUUGAUAGAAAUUCAGUAUUGAAGCUUCACGUGCAGUUGCCUUACACAUUAUAUUAUUUAUUAUGUUAUAAAAAAGUAUAUAUAUAUAUAAGCUUUAUAUUUAUUUCAUUAGGUUUUGAAUGUUAUUUAAUAUUCUUUUUUAUCGAUUUAUGUACUACUCGCCUUCUGUAUAAGGUCAAUGUAAAUAAAAUUUAUAUAGAUAUGUUA